CGUUAAAUGGAUCACAGGGUCGAGCCAGGUCAGAGAGCCAACAAAAUUCUUCAAGCAAUUCAAAGUCAUGUCCAUCAAGAAUUGCUGCUGCUGCAUCAAUUUCUCCAAAGACCUCACCAUUGACAAAACUCUCCUUUAUAGGUGAUAGAACAUUGGCAGCUCGGCCUUCAAGUGCCUGCAGUCUUCCAUAUAAAUCAGCUGACGACAUAACUGGACAUUCUAAUGAACAUGCUGGCCAAGUUGUGCCCAGGCCAGGUAGUGCCAGCAUCUUUGAGAAAAAUUCGUUCAAAUCUCCAGAACACUCUCCCCACCAUUCUCCACUCACUGACUCUACAAACAAACCAAUAUUGAACCCCCCAGAGGGUCCGCAUGAUCAUUCAGCCAUCUCGUUAAAAGAAAAAUUAAGACGUAAUUCUCAGACUCUUAAAGAACUCCUUGAUUCACCAUUAAAAACAAGACUAAGGAAUUUAUCCAAAGAAAGGCCCCCAAGUAGAAAGACUGAUCAUGGAAAUUCACAAAAUUCUCAAAAUUGCCAAAUUAAUGAAAGUGAAAAUGUUAUCUCAUCUGAUGGAAGGACUUCCAAGUUACAGAAUCUCAAAAGCAGAUUGAUUUCAAGAGAAGAGGGUUUACUGACUAGAAACAGUGAAGAGCCGAGAGGUCGGCCUAGGCAGAGACAUGAAUAUAAGACAAGGUUGGCUAGCCCAGACUCUCAUGAUAGUGCUGUGGAAAUUGAUAAUGGAUCAGUUAAUUCAAAUCCAUCAUUAGAUAUUUCUCCAUGUGAAAACCCAUCCACAGAAUCAUCCGGCAAAUCUGGAAAACUGUCAUCCCUAUCACCAGGUGGUGCUAAUGGUUUGAUCAAGACGGACCAGCUUGAAGAUCUGCUCUUGAAACAGGCUCUACAGAAUGACUUACAGAAAUCAAUAGCUGGGGAAGAGACAGUUGUCACUCAAAACAAAGAUUCAGAUGCAGACUCUGGUAUUGCUCAAGCCUAUCAAAAGCCAAAGUUGCAUUUGGUGCGAGGUGACUCUGUCUCAUCAACUGAACAGGAGAGCUUGCUGUCUCCAAGACAUGAAUUAAGUGUCUUGUCACCCAAGAUGUCUCCUGGGGUGAACAUCUCCCUGGCCAAGAGUAACUUCAGGAACACACAGAAAACCUUGACCAGCCAUGGUGGCAGGUGUGGUCCUCUCAAGGCUGACCACAACAUACAGCUGGUCGUGUCAUCAAAACACAGGGACAGUGCCAUAUCAGAAGAAGCCUUGAGUGAAAAGCUGAAAUGGUAUCAACAAGGUGCUAGACCUAAAAACUCGACAGGUUUGUCUUUAGAAUUUUCUGAUCAGCGCCACCUUCAGGCAGCAGAUUAUGGUGAUGAUGAGCUUGAUGACUCUGAUCCAAGGUUAGGCAUUUCACAUGAUAUUAGUCUUGAAACUGGAGGAGACCAGCAAACUUCCAGUGUGAGUUCCAAAGCUUCCAUUCCACCUUCCCUCAAUGGGUUGAGACACUCAUUCACAGGCCAACAACAAGCAAAUCAGGGUAAUUUCAGUGGAGAAAUAUCUCAAGAAUUAAUACUUAGUGGCAGCAAUAGUUCGGACAGUUUAUUACCGGCCUCAAAACAAAGAAGAUCUAGAUCUGCAGAUCGUCCUGCCAGUAGAAACAGGGAUUCGACAUUUAGUUAUAGCUAUGACAGUCCCAAAAGUAACAGUGUAAGUGAAACUGAAGUGUCCCCAGGAGACAGAGGGAAGGAUUCAGUAAUGUCUGAAAAACUUCACUUGUUCAAUGGGCUCCCAGUGCAUGAUGGCCCACCCAAACCACCGCAGUACCCAGCAUUAGCUUCAUCCGUGUCAGGAAAGUCAAAAUCACAGUCUUAUCUCCGCAAGCCACAGCCUCUAAAUACAAGUCAAGGUCAGUUUAGGAAACAUCACUCAGUGGGAGAUAUUUAUGCUAAAACCAAUGGACAUCUGACCAAUGGGCAUGACAUUGACCCUUACGGUUGGAUUGAUUCCCAACAGAGGAAACUUUUUGAUGACUUGAUGUCAAAUCCACCUGUUGCUGAUGAUAAACUUGAAGAGAAUCACUCGCAUUUGGAACAUUCAUUUGAUGAGGAAGUUUCCUACAUAUCAAGUAAAGGAAAAAAGAUGAAAAGUAUUUUAAAAAGAAAAAAAGGCAGUUAUUCUCCCUCCAAUGAAGAUGAUGCGGCCAGCAAUAUUUCUAGUCAAGACGUCACAACCCAGAACCGACCUCCGUCCAGGGCUCGGAGUGAGGGUGGUCAGUGCAGCAGGGAACCAAACAAAAAUACCAGACCCUCUUCAAGAGCAAGUGGAAGACAUAGUGUUAACUUUGAUAUGGAAAAUUCCAGGGUUUAUAUUGAUGAAAAGCCAGUUGGUAGAGACAACAAGAGGGAUACCCCAAAGUUUCUCAGUCAGGCUCAUGAUAAGGCUAGACCUGGAAGUGCACAGGCUAUCCCUUUCGGUUCUCAGGCUCAAACCACCUUUUCUCCCAGUCUUCCUCAAAACACGACUCAGGCUUAUCACAUGUCUAGAUCUAGGACUCCAAAAUUAAAAUCUGCCAAUAAAACUGUUACCUUCCACCUUUCUCCAGAGAUGGCAGCACAGUCUGGACAGAGUCAAGAAGCUCUAGGUCCAUCUCAACCAGUUGGAGGCUUAGAUAGCAAGUAUCUCCGGGAGUCCAGUGUAGAUGAUGGACAAGAAAUAAAACCGCAGAACAGUCACUUCUUAUCCAAUGGAUUCUCAGGAGAAGACCAUGCAGAGAAAUUGUGGCUAGACCAUAAAGAUGGUGGUACUAAUGACUCAAGGUUAUUCAGUGGUAGUGUACCUGCAGACAGUGUCCAUGAGAGACCUUCAUCAAGAGCAGACAAACAAAAUCCACCACAAAAUAAAAGAGAAGGGUUAUCAACAGGCAAGGAUUCCAGGGCACCACAUUAUGAUACAGUAGAAUAUACCUGUCCCCCACAUAGUGAAAAACCCACAAAAUCCUCCAGUUCUGCUGCAAGAAUGACCCCAAGUGGCCUGUCUCUGUCAACAGAGGAUGAUCCUUAUGAGACGGUGGAGGUUAUCACUGACCUUAGCAAUACAUCAGCAGCAGCAGAGGAAAACAAAAUGAAUUCUUCCUUUGGUUUAAACAGCAAGGGCCAAGUAAUGAGCAAACCACCAAGAAACCGUUCCAGACCAAAUAGUGCCGAUAUCAGUAAAGAACAUCAUCCAAAUCCUGAAGCUCCACCACCACAACCAGAGACUGGUGAUGCCAAUGUCAAACAGCCUAAUGGUACCACUAGUGCCAUCUAUGCUGUUGUUGACAAGUCAGCCAAGCUUCCAAGGAGUCGCACACCAGAUAAUGUGAGGAGUCGUACACCUGAUCCUUUGCCUGUCAGUAACCCCUGCAUUGUAGUGGGAGGAGAUGAUGAGAUUGAAGAACUUGACACGCCAACUCUUCCAAGAAGGAGAUAUAGGAGCAAUCUUGAAGAGUCUAAGGAACUAAGUGGGUCAAGGUCAUCUCUAAUGGACCGGAUGGAAGGUCUCAGGAGAUCAGCCAAGAGCAAGUUUAAAGCAAUAAAGAGGGCCAUGAGCUUGGACAGGAUCGAUAAGAGAGGCGAGUCUGCUGAUUCCAAGGAACCUGGAAAAGUGAAGGUCAAGAGAGCUCCGUCACUGCAAUCUCUCAGGCUGAGCUUCAGUAAGAAAAAAGAGGACAGACCCAGUAACCAAGCAGUGGAUAUUGAGGUUCCAGUAAAAGACAAGAAAUCCAAGAAAAGACCCACCAGUGCCCAAACUCCCAAAAAGUCUUCCCAGCACCUGCGUCGUCACUCCAUCGCCUCACCGGAAGAAGUGGAGAGCCCCACACACGGGCGAGCCAUAGGGCGCCUCCUGUCUGUCAACUCGAACGGGUCUCAGGUUAUUGAACUGAUGAAACCACCCCAUGGACCCUUUGGUUUCUAUAUUGCCAGAGGGAAUGCCAAGUUCAAGCAUGGUAUAUUUAUCUCCAGACUAAGUGAUGGUUACCCUGAAAAGUUUUUCGCUGGUCUGCUCAGCGUGGGUGAUGAGAUUCUGGAAGUGGAUACAAAACCCACCAAGGACCUUACCCUAGACGACCUCUAUGAUUUCAUGGCCACUAAGAAGAAAUUGGUUCUAAAGACAUUGCCUUUGUUAGCUAGGACUGACACUUAAAUAUGGGAGUGAAUGACAUUUGAUGUACUCUUAGUGAAUUCAUAUUAGCAAGUUAGAUUCACAAUCAUGUCUUGUCAUGAAUGAAAUGAGCAAUAUUUUCAUUGCUAUUGUUUAUGUCAAAGAAAUGAAUUUCGAUAAAAAAAUUUCCCCAGUAUCUGGUUGAUUAUCUCAGCUGGUGUAUACUCUGGGUAGAUCUUGAGAUUAUAACAUAGGGUUGUGACUUUCACAAUAUUUUGAUACAGUAUAUUCACCCACUCUUGCAUUCAUUAUUGUUAAACAAAUGCCUUAUAGUGCAUAUCAUGUUUUUUGUCCAUGUUUUUGUCAGUGUUGUUUUUAUAAAGGGACCAAAUAUUAAGCACAGUUUGCCAUUCCACAGGUUUGUAGCUUAUGCUAAUAAGGGCAGUUUAAUUGUUUUCUCCUGCCUGAUAUAUAUUUUAAAUGUUAUAUUUUACCAAGCCAAGGCUUUGUAUAUUGAUAUUAUUGCUUUUUUAAGAGUUGCCAAUAACUGACAAGGAAAACUAUUCAGAGACCUAUUUUGUCUCCUAGUUAAUGUUGAAGCGUAUUCCACAUUAUUCCAAGGGUACAACUAUAUAAGUUUUUUGAAAAAAGACAAAGUCGCCAUUCUUUAGAUUGAUGAUGUUGGUACAAUUUAUGCACUGCUUUCCGUCCUGACUUUAUACUCUUUGCACAGAUCUAUGCAUUUCUCACUGUUAAGGAUUUUGUUUUAAAUUUUGUAUAAAUACAGUCGUUUACAUGAUCACCGUCCUAAUUUUUCUAUUUCUAGCACAAAUAUAUUCAAUAUUGUUACUAGUGUGCAUAUAUCUUUAUACAAGUGUUUUAAUAUAUGUAUUGCUGUUAGUUUUAUCACUUUAUUCCACUGCCCAUAUCAUGUCCUGGUGUCAGCCUAAUGUUGAUGUUAACUAUUAGUUAUACUUGAACAGUGUAGGCAGAUCUUCA